AAAAAGUAAAUGAUGGGGAAAAAAAAUAAUUCCAAGAUACUGUAGACGAUUUUGUAGGUCUGAAAGAAUGAAUAAUCCAGCAUUUGCAUACAUAUGCAUUUGAAAUUUUUUGUCAGUUGGGGACCUCUUUGUUUCUUGCGGUAGUAGUCCAUAAUUUUGUUAGCCAGUCUAUCUCCUUAUGGUCAGUAUUCAUCCACAGCCUUCUUUUUCCUCCCCACUCUCUUCCUAUCUAUCUAUAUUCCCAUAUCCUUUCGACUCCCAUAUCGUUCAACGCCUUUUCUAUACAAAACAAGGCAAACCUGAUGGCUAAUUUGAAGCGUCCCGUCUCCCAAUUCCUCUUCCUAGCAUUGUUUUCUGCAGCAUUGCUUGUACAAGAUACCACAGGGUCUAGAGCUCAAAUCCUGCUUCGUAAUCAACCCGGAGGUCAUCUCAUUUCAUCACAAGAACGAGAAAUAAACAUCAAGGAUGUUUCUAGAAGAUUAUUGAUCGGAUCAGUAGCUCCAACUUGCACGUACAACGAAUGCAGAGGGUGUAAGUACAAGUGCAGAGCUGAGCAAGUUCCCGUUGAGGGCAACGAUCCCAUCAACAGUCCUUACCACUACAAAUGUGUCUGUCAUAGGUGAUAUUAACCUUUCAGCAUAUACUAUGGAGUGUCGAUUCGAUUAAUUAUUAGAAUAGUUUUGUCCUGAGUAGCUAGCUGUAGCUGUGUUUGUUGCCAAUGUAGUCCAGGAUGCACAAGUUUUGGGAUAUUUGUUCAAGUUUUUGUUGGUGAAGCAGAUUCUUGUUGUGUCUGUGUUCUUCCUUUUGCCAGUUAUGUAUGGAUUGGUCAUUGGUGCAGAGAGGGAUAUUGUGGUCAGAGAGACAUUAUUACUCCAUGAAAAGGAAAUAAGACUGGAGAAUUCAUAACAA